UGUCCGUAUGACAACAAAAAUGGUGGAACUGCAGAAAACUCUCAGCUUCGACGAGCACAUUCUGCCGCAUUUAUUACGGGAAAGGGAAGAAUACAGUGGAAGAUUGGCUGAAGAAGGAUACGAUGCAGAAGCCGUGAAGAAAGAGCUUCAAGUUCGUAUAGUUGGACAGGAAAGAGAUCAUGCCAUCAUUUUAUCAUGGAACGACUCAGGGCAAAGUGGAACGGCAGGACACAAAGUGACUUACUUUGGACUGUAUGAGCCUUCCCAACACCAUCUUAAACUCCUGUUUAUUCAUGACAAAGAGGUCGUGGUUAGCGGGGCAUCAGUAAACCAAGAGAGAACUUUACUUGCAUUCACUGUCAGAGAGCGGUAUUUUGGACGAGUAAACGACUCUUCCAGUUCUGAUACUCCAGCCAUCUAUAAGUCAUUUCUAGCUGAGAUUCAUCCACAGAAUCGAAUCUUUUCUCUUCACAUCGAAAGACUCACUUUUCAAAGAGUGCAGUUUCUCUAUGGAGAGUACCUUGGUUAUGGGAGUGUGUCCAAGAAGGAGUCGCAUAUGCUGUUCUUACACCACAAAGAAGCUAUUGGCUUGUACCAUAUACCCAUGGCCAGGUUUGACAAGAGAAUGGUUAUGAGUGGCCAACCUAGGACUCAACAAGUGGCAGAUGAAUUUCUAUGGGCUCAAUGGGACAGUUUAAAUCAGCGGCUCUACUUAGUUUACACGAGGAACAAGAGCCUAAGUUGUGAUGUUGAUGAGGAACAAGAUGUGCGGUCUGACCUGAUGUUUGAAGCUUAUCAGUUUAAUGAAAGAAGCACUCAUGUCAAAGUGCUCAAAUUCCCACUUCCUUUUCAUGAUGUGGACCUCUCUUCCCCGACAAGUUACCCUGAGUACCUUGAUGUUGCCUUAGCUCAGACUGUCUCAGAGAAGCAUGUCAACAUUCAAGUUGUGACUUUACCUGGGAAAGGUUCCUUUUACAUCUGUCUGCAACAUCCAAUAGCUGCAGAUGAAACAAAGAGUUCAUCAGGAGAAUCUGCAAAGCUCUCCACUCAGUUGGAAUAUUCUGUGUAUGUCCUACAUCAUGGAUUUUUAAUGAACUGUGUAUUGCCAACUGUGAGACCGUCAAAAGAUCUACAAAAUUAUCGCCUUUUUUUUUCAUCUCUCAAUGACUACUUGAUGGUGUUUUUACCUGGGUGUUUUCUGCAUUUGUUAAACUGUAGCACGGAACUUGAGCCAUGUCAUCAUAUUAUCUUGCAAGGUGAUGCUGUUCCAAAGUUUUCUUCACACGAUUCCGGUCCAGAUGAGCCACGACUGCUGUUGUAUUUGAAUAGGGAACUCUCUACAUCUGUACAAACAGGUACUUAUAUCUUUGACAGCACGUCUGGUAAUGCCUUUAAAUACAACUUUGAUAAGGCAGCACUGGCGGAUCUUUUCGCAAGGACCCAUAUGCCGAGUACUCGGCUGGCCAUACUUCACUUGGCUGUUAUUCACUUGAGGGAUUCCAAUUUAAUCAAAAAGAUCUUUGAGCACCUAAGCCAUGAUCCGGCGAGCCCGGAGUGUUUAGAUAUUCUGCAGGAAUAUCUUGUUGGAGCAACUUACGGAACGUUUCGUAGAGAACUGGAGAGAGAAGCGAUCACUUUGAUUCCAUUUACCUGUGUUGACACGUUCAGAGGACAUCUAGAGAAGGACAUCAACCGAAAAAGAAUCGCCAAGAUUUCUUGUUCGUUUGCGAGAGACAUCCCCAUUGAAUUUAAGAAUGUCAGGAGUAAGAUGAAACAAGCAGACUUCUGGACGACUUUACUUCGAAACACAAAAAGGCUUCCCCCAAGGUUUAAGCUAAAGGCUCCUAAUACGAAUUUUUACGAGGAAGAUAGUGACAGCGAAGAGGAGCCGGAGGUUGCAGCACACCCUGGACUGAUGCAGUCGCUACGAAGACGACUUUCCGUCUCCUCCAGAAGAUUUUCAGGUAGCAUUGAAUCAUUCACGUCUCAAGGAAGCAAUAAAAGUAGAGAUUUCUUGGAUUCCACUGACGAACAAAGAUCUGUGGCCGAGGUCAAAAAACAAAACAUGACUAUCGACCGACUGGCAUCUCAUCUACAGAACCACUUGCCGCGAGAAGCUAGAGUGAAAAUACAAAAUAUUGCCAUUGAAUAUGUCAAGUGUCAGGCUCGCCAGUCCGAACAGCUGUUACGCCUGUUUAAACAAGCGUUGGAGUUGACCGAUAACCCGUUCACUUUACCGCUGUCAUUGCGAGGCACGAUGCGCGAAGUUGUAUUUUUCCAGUUGGUGGAGAGAUAUUGUACAGCAGUUACUGAGCUUAGCUUCCCUCUUCCUUCUGGUUUUCGGACAUUUAUGACAUCCCUGGGUUUUCGCUGCCUGGACAGAAGAAUGUUUUUACAGUAUGUGGAUAAUGAAGUCUUAUAUUUGAAGAAGGGUUUUAUAUCUCAGCUUGUUGAAGAAUUUGAAGGUGAAAGAGAGGAAGAGGAUUUUAUUUUUCAAAUCAUUUGUCGCUUGAAGCACGUAAGUCGAUCAGUACAGUACGUUUAUGUAGAAGUGUGUGCAGCUAAAGUUAAUUUUCAGCUCACUGAUAUAAAGGUGAUUUUGUUGCGACAGGAUACCGCCAAAGACGCCUUACUACACUGGGAGCAUCCUUUUAAAGCCAGGUAAGGUAGUAUAUCCUAGAUGAUUAGACCACUUUGUUUUACAUGAAGUGUGCAUUCAGUGGGAUGCAAGCCGUAUGGGUGUAUGUUUGGGUUUAAAUGCAGGCUGUGUAGAUAUAUGUAGGGGAUUAAUGGGAUAUAGGCUGUGUAGGUAUAUGUGGGGGUAUUGAUCAGAUGUAGGCUGUGU